AUGUCUUCUGUCGACAGAUCCGCUUCUUCGGAUCCCGAAGCGACUACUGCUGAAUUGCUGGGUCCUUUUGGCGACUCCGCAUCCCUUACUCCCGCAAUCGCUCUCAAUGACAAGCAGACCGAUCUCACGGCAGAGCUCGCCGGAAGCUCAGCCAACGACAAUACAAAGAUGUCUUUUGAAAUUGUCCCCCCUAAAGUUGACCAUCCCGAGCAGUAUGAGCACUUGCCUGGUCACUUCAUCGCGCACCGCAUUCUCGAAAUUGACACAAGUUUGAGCGAGCAAAGGCUCACAGUGCGGAUGAAAAGUGGCGAGCGUCUGACGAUGACCCUCGAUCGUCUCAUGAGUCAAAGCAAUGGCUUUAAAGCAUUGCGCGACUUCCAACAAACGUUGCGCGAAUUCAGACAUGCAUUGCGCGAAUCACCCGAUCCUCUUUCAAUGGAGGAACCACGCACCUUGAGUCACUUUGGCGGUGAUGCAGCAGAUGAUGAUCGUGAUUCUGGCAUAGAUUGGUCGAUGGGCUUCGGAUCCAGUGCAAGUGACAGGCCCCGGCGAGCGGCAACAGAAGCCUCGUUCGCGGCAUACUAUCGCAGCGAUGAUGACGAUAACGACGAAGCGGACAGAUAUUCUACCGAGACUGGCUUUGAAUCAGAUCAAAUAUCAGAUGACGGUGAUGACGAAGAUCGAGAACCAAGUGAUAGUCGUCGCCACAGGCUGAAACGGCGCGCAAAGAAAAAAGCUUCUAUCCGGUACUCUUCCGAAGAGUCAAUCGUCUCCGCGAAUGGAACACGGGUCUCAAGUCGAGUGCGAAAGUCCACCCGGCGCAAUUUACAAGAACGAGGCGAAAAUGACGACUAUUCAGAGUUCGAAGAAACACCAAAGGCCCAAAAGUACUCCGGCGCGAAGGAAACCUUCCAUGCACUUCCGGAACACGCAGAAUUUAGAGUUCGGCAUAAUGAAGCCUGCAAGCAUUGCCAUGGUUAUGAUGAUGACUCCGAGAAAGGCCCAUUGGUGUUCUGCCAGGGUUGCACCUCCACCUUUCAUCAUAGUUGUCUCGGACCUCGAUCAAUGAGGGCCCAUUUGGUGACCAAGGUGGACGAGGGCGUAUUCGUUCUUCAAUGCCGCUACUGUGUGGGAGCUGUCACAGAACGACAUGACCUCUAUCCUCACUUGGGUCACUGUGCUGUUUGCAGGAAGGCAGGUCCCAUGUCAAAACCUUUGCGGGAGCGGCGUACGCCUAAGGAAGAGCAAGAAUUGCGGCAAGCCAAUGGUGGCAACGAUCCAAUCACCCCCCUCGAUAUGUCCCGUGUGAACAACAUUGACAAUAUCUUGGUCAGAUGCACCACAUGCGAGAGAGCGUUCCAUUUCGACCACCUUCCAGGUGAUGGUGCGCAGAAUCAAAACCAAUUUCCUAGUGAUGGCUGGAAAUGCAAGCAUUGUUCUGAUGCCCCUGCUGAGAUUGGUACUUUGGUCGCGUGGCGGCCCAUUGACCCCAAUUCCAAGAACAACCAGGUCGAAAUGAACGCAGAGAUUGAUAAAGAAUACCUAGUCAAGUGGAAAAGCAAGUCCUAUUUCCGGGUCACUUGGAUGCCCGGAGACUGGGUCUGGAAAUUGUCCCCUUCUACAAUGCUCAGCUCAUUUUACCGGAAUGCCAGGUCAACCAAGCCCAGGUGGACCACCGAAGAGGCUGUUCCUGAAGACAAUUUACGGGUUGACAUCAUUUUUGAAGUGAAUUACUUGGGUGAGGCCAGCCUCCCUGAAGAUGCUACAAAUCCCAAAAUGAUCAAGUCUGCAUAUGUCAAGUACAAAGGGUUGCCUUAUGAAGAUUCGGUUUGGGAAAUCCCCCCAACUGAUGCGGAACAGUUGGAAGACUUCAAAGCUGCUCUCGUUGACUGGGCUCUCCGCGAUGAGAUUCGUCCUCCAAAGCCAAACGAGCUCAAGAAGCGACUCUCGAUUGCCCGUUCCAAGAACUUUGAAGAAAGUCUCGUUUUGCGAACACAGCCAGCGCUUGUUGUCGGUGGUGAACUCAUGGAGUAUCAAAUGGAUGGUGUGAACUGGCUUUACUACAUGUUCCUUCGACAGACAAAUGCCAUUCUUGCUGAUGACAUGGGACUUGGAAAAACCAUCCAAGUCUUGACUUUCUUUGCGGCGUUAAUUGAAAACCAUGAAUGCUGGCCAUUUUUGGUCGUCGUCCCCAAUUCAACGGUCCCGAAUUGGCGGCGCGAAAUCAAGGCGUGGUCGCCCAAGGUUCGAGUUGUCGCUUGGUACGGAUCUGCAAUUUCUCGGAACACCACCCGGGACUUUGAGAUGUUCAACGAUAAAAAGGAACUGUGUUGCCACAUCGUCAUUGCAUCAUACGAAAGUAUGAUUGAUGAUGAUGCAAAGCGUGUUCUUGGAAAGGUCAAUUGGGCCGGUCUCGUAGUUGAUGAAGGACAACGACUCAAGAGCGAUAAAACCAUACUCUAUGAUCGCCUUUCCAGAAUGAAGUUCACCUUCAAGGCUCUUCUUACCGGAACACCCCUUCAGAACAACAUUCGCGAAUUAUUCAAUCUGUUGCAAUUCCUCGAUAGCAGCAAAGAUGCUGAAGAGCUAGAAGAUCAAUAUGGAGAAAACCUCGACCAGGCGGCCAUUAGGGAGCUACAUAGCAUGAUUCGACCGUGUUUCCUGCGUCGCACCAAAGCAGAGGUCUUGCCUUUCCUCCCUCCAAUGGUACAGAUCAUCAUUCCAAUUUCCACGUCGGUUGUCCAGAAGAAGCUCUACAAGUCGAUUCUUGAGAAGAAUCCGCUACUCAUUAAAGCCAUCUGCAAGAGACAAUCUGGUCCAGUUCCUAAGAAAGACCGACAGAACCUGAACAACAUCUUGAUGCAGUUGCGAAAGUGCCUCUGUCAUCCCUUCGUGUAUAACGAAGAUAUUGAGGAACAAAGCCAUGAUGCCGAAAACACCCACAAACAUUUAGUCGAAGCGUCCGGCAAGCUUAAAUUGUUGAGUAUAAUGCUUCCUCAGCUUCAGAAACGUGGAAAUCGAGUCCUCCUCUUCAGUCAGUUCUUGCGGAACUUGGACAUCGUUGAAGAUUUUCUCAAUGGCCUUGGGCUUAAAUACCGUCGUCUGGAUGGACGCAUGGCCUCGAGAGACAAGCAGAAGCAGAUUGAUGAUUUCAACGCACCUUAUUCCCCCUAUUUUGCUUUCCUGCUCUCCACGCGUUCUGGUGGUGUUGGUAUCAACCUCGCCACCGCAGAUACUGUUAUCAUCAUGGAUCCUGAUUUCAACCCGAAGCAAGACAUGCAAGCUUUGUCGCGUGCCCACCGAAUUGGACAGAAGAAUACGGUUCUUGUAUUCCAUUUGGUGAUGCGUGCGACUGUGGAAGAGAAAAUCAUGCAAAAGGGCAAGAACAAGAUGGCCCUCGACCACGUACUCAUCGAACGUAUGGACGUUGAUGACGAAGAGGAAGACCUAGAAUCUAUCUUGAAACACGGUGCUCAAGCUUUGUUUAGUGAUGACAAUUCUGCCGACAUUCAAUACGACGCAGACUCUAUUGACAAGCUUUUGGACCGAAGCCAGGCUGAACAGACAGAAGAAAUUGCUGAUGAGGCAAAUUCAAAUUCCGAUGCAAGGGAACAGCCACAAUUCAGUUUUGCUCGUGUCUGGCAAAAGGACGGCGGAACUUUAGAUGAAGUGGUUGAGACGGAAGAUCUGCCUGUGGAUACCACAGCAUGGGAAAAAAUUCUUCAGGAGCGAGAGCGUGAAGCUCAAGAGGAAAUCAAUCGUCAAGCUGAGGGGCUCGGUCGAGGUAAACGAAAACGUGCCAAAAUCAGUUACAGCAAUCGUCGGGAGGACGAAGACUUCCGGGGAAGCUCCAGCCCUCCUCCUGCGCCACCCUCCAAAAUGCGCAAGUCUACCGUCGAGGAAGACACUGAUUUCCAGGCACACGACAACGAGAGUGACUCUGAUGUAGGCAUGGACUCGGUUCCCGACGCUAACGAUCUGGAUGUUGCUCCAAAGAUGCCAUCCCGCAAAUUUUGCCGCGUCGAAUCACCUCCCGUUUCGAUGGCUACCGAUGGUGCAUCGAGUCCAUACCACUUAUGCGUUGCCUGCAAGCAGAGCCACGCCCCCGGAUAUUGUCCACUGCGCCGAGCAGGCUUUGAAUACUGUGGACUGUGCGGGGUGGCGCACUUCUCGUUCCGGCGGGUGUGCCCGCAUCUGCAGUCCAAUAUCCAGGUCGAGCGAAUGAUGACCGCAUUGAAAGCCAGCAACGAAGAUCCGAGCCUUGUCAGUCUUGCUCGAAAUUACCUCGCUGGGAUUAUAAACUCCAACGCGCAAAAGAAUCGUAUCAAAGCGAAGAUGAGCAAGACUCAAGCUGCUGGGCUUCCAAGCCCUCGGUCAACGAUCAAUCCUACCGUUCCUCGUCCAGAGGUCGGGUCACAGGUUAUUGACCUAACCGACCAGGGUACUACCUUCAACAAUUGA